AUGCGUCUUCCCCACUCCUCAUCCCGCUUGGAAAAUUCCAAGGGGGUGUGGCUUCCGCCAUGCCCACUCCUGUACUGGCUGCUGAUUGGCUGGGGAGGCCCCCACCCUUUGCUCCCUUUGGUCCUUCCCCUCUGCCAUCCCCUUGGGGCAGGCUCCUCUGCUGGGGAUGUACCAAUUAACCCCACAAUAGGGGGAAGGAAGGAGGGAAUUUCACAUUCCCUUGUUCUAGAUUUCACUUUAACGCUUAAUGCCUUCAAAUUUUUGUUUUUUUUAAGGAAAAAAAUUAUAAAUAUAUAUAUAUAUAUUUAG